UGGUUCGUCCAAGGUGUGUCUGCCUGUUGACUCACUGCCAGCAGCGACACAUACCGCGGGCUCAGAGUAAAGUCUGCCCGGCCCUCCACCUUCCUCCACCCCGCCCCGUUCGGAGAAACAAGUGCGGCACCGGACGAGUGUCCUCCUCAGAAGCGACGAACCAAAACCCCGUCGACCGAGUUUCGCCGUCGUCGGAGUUCAGCUUUCCGCGGACCGAGUCCGUCAAAAAGAAAAGUUCUUCACACAAUGGCGAACGUUUUAAUUCUCCACAUCUGCUCGGUGCUGCUCCUGUCCCGUGUGGAGUCGUGUUCGAUCCCGAGCUCCCUCUACGUCGUUGUGCCGAACACACUUCCACCUGGAUCCCAUGUCACUACAGUUAAAGUCGCCCACUGCGACACCGGACCCACGCGCCUGUCUUCGAGCGACCCGAGUUUCAUGGUAUCGAGCAACGGGGUGAUAGAAACCGCAACGCCCGUGUCGGUGGCGGCGGAAGGGCGGACAUUUUCUGUGUGGGCUCGGGACGACAGCGGACCGGAAAGUGAGAUGGUCGUCCACCUUGUUCACAGCGUAGCGUACAAAAGAAAGAAGGUGCAGGAACUCUAUCUGAGACGCUCCAAGAGACGUUGGAGUCCCCCACCCUUCAACAUAUUGGAGAACUUGGAGGGACCUUAUCCAAAAAGAAUUGAAAUGAUCGUAUCGGACUCACAGGCCGUGCAUAGGGUGUUCUACACCGCCAGUGGACCUGGCGUCGAUGAGCCUCCAUUGGAGGUGUUCAGCCUGAACAAAACCGGGAUGUUGUUUGUGCACAAAAAAGUUGAUCGCGAAAAGUACCCAAAGUUCACAUUAACAGUCAGAGUUUUCGACAUAAGGACCGGGCUGGAGACGGACAUUCCUCUGCCCAUCACGAUAGAGGUGGAUGAUAUGAACGACAACGCUCCGACAUUCAAAGACCCGCUGCAAUAUAUUGUGCUCGAGCAGAGCGCUGCAGGCACAGUGGUGGGGAAGGUGAACGCCACAGAUCGAGACCAACCUGGAUCCCUCCACGUCAAGCUGAGGUAUUCUCUCAAGACAGGAAUGGACCUGUUUGCCAUAAACCCGGCAACAGGUGUCAUCACCACGGUAACCAACACCCUGGACAGAGAGGUAAAAGACAAGCACAUGGUGAUCGUAGAAAUCAGAGAUAUGGAGGGCGCCGUAAACGGUCUGUUCAACACGGGCACCGCAACCAUUACUGUGGGCGAUAUCAACGACAACGCACCGACUUUCAGCAAACAAUCUUAUGCAGCCAAUGUCAAAGAAAACGAAAAUGGAGAACUCAUCCUUCGAAUUCCAGUUGACGAUAAGGAUUUAAAACCCACGCCCAACUGGAUUUCCAAAUUUGUCAUCACGAAAGGAAAUGAAAAUGGACUUUUCCGAAUCGAAACUGACCCGAAAACCAACGAGGGGCUCCUGUAUGUCGCGAAGCCCUUAGAUUACGAGCAGAACCCGAACGUCAAUCUUGAGAUCACGGCACAGAACGCAGCCGACCUGACCGGCACCUCGGCCAACUGGCUGACCGUCCCCGUGGCGAUCGCUGUCCAAAAUGUAGACGAGGGUCCAGCAUUCUCCGCCCCCACCGUGCGCUUCGGCGUCAAAGAGAACACACCGAACGGCACGCUGAUCGGGAGUUACAUCGCUCUGGAUCCCGAGACCAAGAGCAGCAGCGGCAUCAAGUAUUACAAGAUCUUAGACCCAGGCUCCUGGAUCAAUGUGGACAAAAACAACGGGGAGCUGAGGGUGGCAAACACGAUCGACAGAGAGUCCCCGCUCGUCCACGAUGGACUUUACAACAUCACCAUGAGGGCUGUUGAUGCUAGCUCCAAGACGGGAACAGGGACAGUCAUCAUCGUAGUGGAGGAUGUCAACGACAACCUGCCGAUGAUCCCCACCAGCGAGUUGGUGGUGUGCGAGAAGGAAGGAGAGCUCGGCUCGGUUGUGGUCGUGGCCGAGGACAACGACCAGACUCCCUUCGCUUCCCCCUUCAGCUUCAGUUUGCCAAGUGAUCCUGACGGCAGAUGGUCGGUGACCAGUUUAAAUGGUACAGCAGCUACGUUGCAGCAGAUGAAAGAGCUUCCUACUGGAAAACACAUGGUCGACCUGGACGUGAAAGAUCUGCAGGGCUUCGGUAAAACACAGACGGCGACAGUGAGGAUCUGCAGCUGCAGGAACGGAGCCUGCCUCGUCAACCCCAACUCUAAGUCAUUGGGGCCAAUGGCUUUACUGGCUAUGUUGUUGCCGCUGUUCCUCCUCCUAUUGCUCGGCCUUCUGCUCGCAUUGUUCUGCUCAACAAAGAAAGAGCAUCAUGAAUUUGUAGAUGUCGGAGACAGUGGUGGAAUCCUCCUCAAAUCAAACAUCGAGUCCCCGGGGGAAGAAGUGGAUUCAAGUCUCAUCACUGUUCCCACUACAAGGGCUGAAUCCGUAGUGAAAGGCUCCGUUAAGGGUUUUGCUGCUGCGAACCCGGGAUGGGUGACAAGCAACGGCUCGGGCACUAUGGGAACCAAAAGCAUCCACGAGAACGGGAUGUAUAACGACGUUGCCACAUCCGAUAUGGACCACUUGUACUCUGGCCAGUUCAACCAAUAUGGCGCUCAGUCGUUCGGAGGAAACUACAUGGGCACCGCUGACAACAGGCAACUCAACCAGGACACGACCCUUCUUCACAACUGGCAAACAAACGGCCGCUACCUACACCAGAAGCUGGGCUACUUCGGAACCGAGGAGGACGGGCGCUUCGCGGACGACGUGUCCCACGCCUACGGGUACGAGGGGGUGGGCUCGGCGGCCGGCUCCGUGGGAUGCUGCAGCGACAUUGGCGACGACGACCACCUCGACUUCCUGAACGCGCUCGGGCCCAAGUUCAAAACCCUCGGCGAGGUCUGCAGAAAGACAUGAACGACAGGAGCUCAAAACAAAUAAUACCAAAACGGCGCCGACUCCUCGCUGUGCCAGAUGCAGAGAGAGGGCCCUGAACAUGAAUGAGAAAAAGAACACGCGGUUGGCGCUCUGCUGUCGCUUUUUGUAGUUUUUUUUGUGUGUCUUUGCUGCUUAUUUGUGUGGCAAAAGUCAUUUUGCACUGAAAACAGAUGCAGUCAGUCGUACAUACUGUGUGUCGUGUGUGUUAAGUGUCGUUUGCCUUUUAGAGUCGUCCAUCCAUUAUCUACACCUGCUUCUCCAUGUCGACUGAUAAUUGCAGUGAAGGCUUGCAGGGUUUUUCUGUCUACUGUAUGAGUGACGACUUUAGGGUAUCUUGGUUAUUGUUAAUCAUCAGUGUUUAUAGUAAAAGAUGCAAUUGUGCAUUUGUGCGCCUGAGUUUAAAUUUGCUUACUAAAUUUUUAUAGUUUUGAUAUAUUUUUUAAAGAAAAAGAAAUGCCGAAAUGAAAUAAGACGAUGAAACUGUCUUUUUUUUCCCUCCAAAAUAUUUCACGUGAACACACGUCCUUUUUAAAAUGACGAAGAAAUUAAUUUAUGGGUUUCCAACAGCGGUGUUGACUGCGUUCACCAGGUUUUCUCCGAUCCCCACUGCCACUAUCUGCGCAAACACAUUCCUCCGCAGCGCUUGACCGUUGGAUGGGCGUAGUUUCAGCCCCGUGUGUCAUCGAGGCCGUUGCAACACACUGACAGUACUCCUGUGAAAGUCAUCACAAGGGCGUGAAUGUGACGAGGUGUUACUGACAACGGCGACUGUUUGAAUACCACACGGACCAGACACGAGAAAAGGCGCAGCAGAAAAAAAAUAAAUGUCCUUGAACCUGCUAAUUAAAAAGGGAGUAUUGUAAGUCUAAUGUGUGUAUAUAUUGAGUUGUAAUUUGGUCAUUAAAGAAUGUUUCUCUUGGUGAACUUGU